CACGUCAGGAGGGGGAGGUGCGCCCGGACAAAGGGAAGCGGCGGCGCGGGGAGAGCGGGUCUGUGGUUCGGAUCUGCCACCUCCCGCCGCCCGGAGGGCCCCGAAUCCGCGCUGCCGGGCCCGGGUCCGGGUCCCGGUCCCGAGUCCAGAGUCCCACUGUCGGCUGACCAUUGCUGUCUGCCCGUUGUCCGGAGGGCGGCCACCAUGCGCCGCUGGGCGCUGCUGACCACGCUGCGGCCGCUGGGCCCUGUGGUGGUCGGCAUCUCGCUCGGCUUCACCCUGAGCCUGCUCAGCAUCAGCUGGGUGGAGGAGCCGUGCCCACCCGCCCGCGACAGCCCCGGGCUCCGGGUCCGCAAGGCCAACUCGGUGCCCGCGGGUCCGGAGGGCGACAGCGCGCAGGACUUCGAGCCCAGGAUCGUCCCGUACAAGGCGGCGAGCCCCAAGAAACCGGCAAAGAAAACGGUCAGGUCCCGCUACAUUAGCACAGAGUUGGGCAUCCGGGAGCGUCUGUUUGUGGGUGUCCUCACGUCCAAGAAUACGCUAAACAGCCUGGCAGUGGCCGUGAACCGGACGAUGGGCAGCCACAUGGACAAAGUGUUGUAUUUCACCGGCACGAGAGGGAGGAAGGUCCCUCACGGGAUGUACAUCGUGACGCACGGGGAUGAGCGGCCCAUCUGGAACAUGUACCAGACGGUGAAGUACGUUUUCCAGCACUACGCUGCCGACUACGACUGGUUCUUUUUCGUGCAGGACGACACGUACACGGAGCCGGACCGCGUGAAAUCCCUGGUCGAGCAUCUGAGCAUCGACGCAGACUUGUACAUGGGCCGCCCCGAGGAAUUCAUUGGUGGCGACACGGAGGGCCGGUACUGCCUGGGCGGCUUCGGCUACCUGUUGUCCCGUAGCCUGCUGGUCAAACUGCAGCCUCACUUGGAGAGCUGCCGCAACGAGAUCGUGAGCGGCCGGGCCGACGAGUGGCUGGGGCGCUGUGUCAUCGACUACGUAGCAGUCAACUGUGUCAACGAGUACCAGGGCAGCCAGUAUCGUUACUUUGAGCUGGGGAAGGCGACGGACCCCGAUAAGGAGGAGGACGCAAGGUUCCGCAGAGCGCUGACUGUUCACCCGGUGAUGGAGCCCGUCCAGAUGUACAAGCUGCACAAGCGAUUCACACAGCUGGAACUGGAGCAGACCUACCGGGAGAUCCAGAUACUUCAGGAGGAGCUGCGGAACGUGACUGGCCUGGCCGAGGAGGGGGAGUCGGCCAGCUGGCCACUGGGCAUCAGUCCCCCGUUCCGACCGCGCAGCCGCUUCGAGGUGCUCCGCUGGGACUACUUCACGGAGGAGCAGGUGUUCUGGUGCGCGGACGGGGCCCCCCGCUGCCAGCUGCGGGGGGCCGACCGGCUGGACAUCAGCGACGUGCUGGAGACGGCCGUGCGGGAGCUGAACCGCCGCUACCAGCCCUCGCUGCAGCUCCGCAAGCAGCGGCUCCUCAACGGCUACCGGCGCUUCGACCCCACCCGCGGCAUGGAGUACACGCUGGACCUGGGCCUGGAGGCCGCCACCGAGCACGGCCACAGCCGCCCCAUCACCACCCGGGUGUACUUGCUGCGGCCACUCAGCGCCGUGGAGAUCAUCCCCAUGCCCUACGUGACCGAGGCCAGCCGGCUGCAUGUCAUCCUCCCGCUGGGCGCCCGCGAGCGCCCCCAGGCCGCCCGCUUCCUGCAGGAGUUUGCCCUGAUGGCGCUGGAGACCGAGGAGAACGCCGUCCUCACCCUCCUCUUCAUCUACGAGCCUCUGGAGGCACAGCGCGUCAGCCACGACGACAUCUUCGGCGGCCUGAAGGCCCAGAUCACCCAGUAUGAGAAGAAGUACCCGGGCAGCAAGAUCCCGUGGAUCAGUGUGAAGACUGAUGCCCCCUCCCAGAUCAAGCUCAUGGACGUCAUCUCCAAGAAGUACCCGGUGGACACGCUGUUCUUCCUGGUGGCCGCCAGCAGCCAGCUCAGCCUGGACUUCCUCAACCGUUGUCGCAUGAACAGCAUCAGCCAGCGGCAGGUUUUCUUCCCCAUCCCCUUCCAGGAGUACGAUCCCCGUGUGGCCUACCCCAACCAGCCGCCGCCCCUCACUGUCGACCUGCUGAAGGAUGCCGGGCACUUCGACCGUGACUUCUUCGAGGCCGCCUGCUUCUACAACGCGGACUACAUGGCCACGCGCAGCAAGGUGACCGCGGCGGCCGCCCUCGACAGCGAGGAGCUGCUGGAGUCGCUGGACCUCUACCAGAUGUUCGUGCAGUUCUCGGGCCUGCACGUCUUCCGGGCGGUGGAGCCAGCGCUCAGGCAGGCCUCCGGGCAGCGCACCUGCGACGCGCGGUCCAGCGAGGAUGUCUACCACCGCUGCGUGCAGAGCAACCUUCUGGGGCUGGGCUCCCGUGCUCAGCUGGCCAUGCUGCUCUUCGAUCAGGAACAGGGCAACAGCACUUGAGGGGGCUCCUGGCAGCCCGCCAUUCUGCCACCCCUCUCAUCCUCCCGACACCACCCCCCCAUCACCAACCCUCCUGCAUUCCCCGUCCUCUUGCUCCCCACUUCCAUUCCCUCUGGAGGUGUUCACUCUCGAUGUCAGGUCUGCUUGGCGGCUCCACAGCGGGACCAGGUGCAGGCGGAAUGCCCUGACAAGGACGCUCCUCUGUAAACGGUGUGCCCCUCCGCAGACGGACCAACCGAGCGUGAUGCUCCGCAAGCAGGGGUGGGCGCAGGUGGGACAGACUCCCUUCCCUCUCUGCGCUGCCCUGUCUCGCCCUCCCUCCCCUCCGCGCUGUCCUGUCACACUCCCUCCCUCACCUCCGCGCUGUCCUGUCACACUCCCUCCCUCCCCCCACGCUGUCCUGUCACGCUUCCUCCCUCCCCUCCGCCCUGUCCUGUCACACUUCCUCCCUCCCCUCCGCCCUGUCCUGUCACACUUCCUCCCUCCCCUCCGCGCUGUCCUGUCACGCUCCCUCACUCCCCCCGCGCUGUCCUGUCACGCUCCCUCCCUCCCCUCCGCCCUGUCCUGUCACACUCCCUCCCUCACCUCCGCGCUGUC